GGACAUUAUAAUACGAUUAUAAAUAGUCGAAGCGAUUUUCAUCGCUAGUUAGUAGGAAAAAGAGAUUGUCCAGCACGUUUCUACAAUUUCAUAAAAAAUGAGAUUCGAUCCUAGUCUCCUUAUCGCGCUCGUCGCCCUGGAAAUCAGUUUUGUAUUCGGUGCUAAUGCCGACACCGUCUACAGGUAUAAUAUCUCCGUCGUCGUGAGAGACUUGACGACGUCGCGGAGAAUUCCGAAUGUGCCGGUCACGCUUUUCAGACUGAGAGACACCGACGACUGGAUCGUCGUCAGCCGAGGAAAAACUAUAGCCACCGGAGGGCUCAACUUCUCCUCGAGGAAGUACGAAUACACGACCGGGACUUACAAGCUGCGUUACGACUUUAGGAAUCACUACAACGUGACUUUUUAUCCUAUCAUAGACAUAACUUUCGACGUCAGCAGUGUUCUCGAGAACUAUCCCUUUCCUGUGCUACUGAGCGAGUACGGCUACAGUACCUACAAGGGGGUGUCCAAUUAAAUGCAGAUGCGAUGUGUACUUUGUGAAAUAUUUAUAAAUAAAGUGAAUUAUUGAGAGAGAAAUAUUUGGAAAAAUGUUGCGGUCUUUCUAUUAAGAAUCACUUAAGCGUACCACGUUCGCUUUGAUAAGAUAUAACAGGGAAACGAUUAAAAUCCGAUUAUAAACGUUGAAGCACCUUUUAUUGCGAGUCAGUGCAGUGCGCGCAGAGCCUGCUUUGGUACAAUACAUUUCGAGCAAGAUUUUUUAUAAAAAAUGAGGUUCAAUCCGGUUCACCUCGUAGCGCUCGUUGCGUUAUUGCAAACGGAUUUUAGCGUCGGUGCCAAUGAGGUCUACAAUUACAAUAUCACCGCUUCCAUAAGAGACUUGACGACGGCGCAGGGGAUCCCGAAUUUGCCUCUCACGCUUUCCAGGCUCCGAGGCGACGACUGGAUCAUCGUCAGCAAAGGAAAGACCGAAGCCAACGGACAGCUCGACUUCACCUCGACCAAGUACAAAUACGCGAGGGGAACUUACAAGCUGCGCUACGACGUCAGGAAUCACUACAACGUGACCUUUUACCCCUUCGUGGACAUCACCUUCGUGGUCAGCAGUCUGCUCAAGAGAUACGCUUUCCCCGUUCUUCUGGACGAGUACGGCUACGGUACCUAUCUAGGAGUGUUCAAUUAAACAGAAUUAAACGAAUAAAAUGACUGCGAAGAAAAUCGA